AGCCAGCUCUUUCGUUGAUCCAACCUCCGGCAGUCUACGGGGGUAUCCAGGCGACAGGUCUUCAAGAAUGUCUGGCUUCAAAGCGCCAGCGCGAAAACUGACCAAGCCCGCCGCAACGCCUAUCGCGGCAUCGGGGUUCAAGGCCGCAGGUUCAAACACAGCAGGCGCCACCAGCCAGCAGUCAUCUGGCGAUGCCAGCAAACCGGCAUUCUCGUUUUCUCUGGGGGGAAACGCUGCAAACGACGCGAAAGGGAAGCUCAAGCCUGGCAAGUUUUCUGUGAAGCUUGGGAGUGGGUUGAAAGGAAAAGGCACGACGCUGCAAGGACGAGGACAGAAGAGAGCGAGAUCACCAUCGCCUACCGAGCUUAUAGUGGGGUUUGACACCGAGAGUGGGAAUGCGAUUACGGUGAACAAAGAGGAGGAGAGUAAGCCGUUGGUAAUUGUGCCGCCUAAGAACAAGAACUGGAUCGAGGAGGCAAAGAAGAAGCGCGCGCUGUAUAUGCCGGUGGGAUCGGUCAUUGAUGCUGAGCGCGAUCGCCAGGCUGACGAGCAGGAGAAACAGAGGCAGCGGAAGGCCAACUAUGGCUUGACGUUCCGAGAGAAGGGACAGGGAAAAGAGGCACCUAUAGAGACAUCACAGAAGACGCCCGAAGUCACAGAACAGCAAGAAUCUGAAUCCGAGAAUCAAACAGAUGGCAUCAAGACCUCGGUAAAGCAGAAACAGGAAACCAAAGAAGAACGAGAAAUCCGAAAACUAGCGGCCGAGUUCAUAGAAGAAGAGAAGGCAGUGUCAGAUAUCGUGAUCAAGAUGGCCUCAACUUCUACGACGCUAUCAGCCGAGCAGAUGCGACAACAAGCUUUGUCGGAGGAGGAGGCUUAUAAGUUAGAUAUCGAAUCUCGUCCUGACGCGCCUGAUAUGGAUGCAUACGAAUCGGUCCCGGUCGAGGAUUUUGGUUAUGCUUUGCUCAGAGGGAUGGGCUGGAAAGGCGAUACAAAAAAAUAGAUACAAGAAUAUCAAAUAUAUUCACAUUUACAAAUUACU